AUGGAGCCGCGGGCCGGCUGCCGGCUGCCGGUGCGGGUGGAGCAGGUCGUCAACGGCGCGCUGCUGGUCACCGUGAGCUGCGGCGAGCGCAGCUUCGCCGGGAUCCUGCUGGACUGCACGAAAAAGUCCGGCCUCUUCGGCCUGCCCCUGUCGACUCCGCUGCCCCAGCCCGAGGACCCGCCUGUCAACGGCUGCCACGGCCCGGCCCCCACGGAGCAGGACGGAGAGGCGAUGCAGCUGGGGACGGGCCCUCCGCCGCCUCCCUGCGGGGAGCAGCCACCCGAGGCCUCAGACCCCAAGCCGCCCCCACCCCUUGUGCCACCGUUCCCACCGUACUUCGAAGGCGCUCCCUUCCCUCCCCCGCUCUGGCUGAGGAGCACCUACCGGCAGUGGGUACCACAGCCGCCACCCCGGACCAUCAAGAGGACCCGCCGACGCCUGUCCCGUAACCGUGACCCGGGCCGGCUCGCCCUGAGCCCCAUCCGCCUGCGGCCGCGCCAAGUACUCUGUGAGAAGUGCAAGAGCACUCUGAGCCCCCCCGAGGCCAGCCCCGGCCCCCCAGCUGCCCCUCGGCCCCGCCGGAGGGUGGGCAGUGGCCCCGGCUCCGACAGGGAGCCCCGUAAACUCGAGGACCCUAAUGGCGGAGGGGACGCGGCAGCCACCAGCACGAGGAAGAGCAAGAGGGAAAGGCAGGCGGAGGACAAGGCCCGGGUCCCCCGGAGCCCGGCCAUCAAGAUCUCCUACAGCACGCCGCAGGGCAAAGGCGAGGUGGUGGAGAUCCCCUCCCGUGUGCACGGGUCCCUGGAGCCUUUCUGCCCCUCCCAGGCCCUGCACGGGGGCAGCCAGGACCCCGGUGGGCCCUCCGCCUCGAUCCCCAAGCUGAAGCUGACGCGUCCCGGGCCCCCUGGCACCAACCUGCCGCCCCCCAAGAUCCGCUUGAAGCCCCACCCCCGGGGGGCUGGGGAGCGGGAGCCCGUCUACAGGGCCGAGCUGGUGGAGGCGCUCAAUGGCCACGGGCGAGGCCCCCGGGCCCACGCCCCCGCUCUGCUCGGCCCCGGCUCUGCUGGCGGUGGGCUGGUGGACUCUUCUUCUGGAAGCUCUGGCGAGGAGGAUGAGGACUUCAAACCGUGUCCCCCGGGUGCGCACGGGCGAGAGAGCCUGGCUUUCCUCGCCACCUGCCCCAGGAGGGGGACAGAGCGCGCGAGCGAGUCGGUGUGGAGCAGCGACAGCCUGGACGAGUCCAAAUCGUCCAGCUCGGAAGUCACAUCCCCGGACACGUGUGACCUGUCGUCAGGCGACGGCACGUCCGCGCGGCCCUCGUCCAAGGACGCGAGGCAGACGGUCCCGCCACUCACAGUCCGGCUGCACACGCAGAGCGUCUCCAAGUGUGUUACCGAGGACGGGAGGACGGUGGCCGUAGGGGACAUCGUGUGGGGUAAGAUUCACGGUUUCCCUUGGUGGCCAGCGCGUGUGCUUGACCUCAGUCUUAGCCAGAAGGAGGACGGGGAGCCCUCUUGGCAAGAAGCAAAAGUCUCGUGGUUUGGUUCUCCAACUACGUCGUUCUUGUCUACUUCAAAACUCUCCCCUUUCUCUGAGUUUUUCAAACUGAGAUUUAACCGUAAGAAGAAGGGGAUGUACCGCAAGGCUAUCACAGAGGCUGCAAACGCCGCGGAGCACGUGGCCCCGGAAAUAAGGGAGCUCUUAACCCAGUUUGAGACCUAA